AUGAGGUUCGUUGGUCUCGUGAGCUUGGUCGCCCUCAUCUUCCUCCUGAGCUUCAGGUCCCUGCUCCAUCAGCAAGUGCUUGUUGGAGAAGGCUCGGCGGUAGCGGCGAGAAGCGGGCGCCAUGAUGACAGGAACCAGCAGCACGCCGAGCAGUGGGCCGAGGAGAGGAAGAGGAUGAGGUGGUUCAUGACGAGGGACUACGCGAGCGCGCGGCGGCACACGCCGAGGAACAACCGGCUGGAUCCUUAG